GUUUGCCUGAAUCUAUUAUUGCAGCGGCAUGUGCUAGAAGUGGCCAGAGAGUUCUUCAUGUUGAUGCGAGAAAUUACUAUGGUGGAAACUGGGCCAGCUUUAGUUUUUCGGGCUUAUUGUCCUGGAUUAAAGAAAAUCAGCAAAAGACAGACAUCAGUGAUGUCUGUGAAGACUGGAGAAAACUGGUCCUUGAGAACGAAGAAGUUCUUUCUCUGAGCAAGAAGGAUAAAACUAUUCAACACGUAGAAGAUUUCUGUUUUGGCGAUCAGGAUUCAGCAGAAGAUGUUGAAGAAGCUGGUGCAUUGCCAAAGCUGCCUGUCUUUGGAGCCUCUGGUGCUGAGGGGGUUGCUCGGGAAUCAGAAGAAGAGUGCCCACCAACGGAGAGCACCUUACCGGAGGCGGAGAGCCGGGAACCAGAAAAGGCGACAGGCGCUGAGCCAGCAAGUGCGAUGGAAGGGAAUGAUACAGAAAUAACCUCGGAGAAUGAAAGUCCUCAUAGUACAGAUUUAGGCAAAUCCGCUCUGGAAUUGGGAGAAACUGAAGCUGCGCCCUCCGAAAUUUCUGCCCAAGAACCAAAGAAAAUUGCUUAUUCCCAAAUUGUUAGAGAAGGCAGAAGGUUUAAUAUUGAUUUAGUUUCCAAGUUGCUUUACUCCCGAGGUCUGUUAAUUGACCUUCUGAUUAAGUCGAACGUUAGCAGAUAUGCAGAGUUUAAAAACGCGACACGAAUUCUUGCCUUUCGAGAAGGAAAAGUAGAACAGGUACCUUGUUCUAGAGCAGAUGUCUUCAACAGCAAACAGCUCACUAUGGUGGAAAAGAGAAUGCUAAUGAAAUUUUUGACAUUUUGUUUGGACUAUGAACAACACCCUGAUGAAUACCAAGACUAUGAGAACAGUACAUUUGCUCAGUUCUUAAGAACACGGAAGUUAACACCCAGCUUGCAGCACUUUAUUCUUCACUCUAUCGCAAUGGUUUCAGAGACUGAUUGCAGCACUCUUGAAGGUCUUCAGGCAACAAAAAAAUUUCUUCAGUGCCUUGGCCGCUAUGGCAAUACACCAUUUUUGUUUCCUCUGUAUGGUCAAGGAGAGAUUCCACAGUGCUUCUGCAGGAUGUGUGCUGUAUUUGGUGGUGUCUAUUGUCUUCGCCAUCCUGUGCAGUGCCUUGUAGUGGACAAAGAAUCUGGACGAUGCAAAGCUAUUGUGGAUCAUUUUGGACAAAGAAUAAGUGCUAACUAUUUUAUUGUGGAAGACAGUUACCUUUCAGAGAGCAUAUGUACAAAUGUGUGCUACAGGCAGAUCUCCAGAGCAGUGCUCAUUACAGAUCAGUCUGUGCUAAACACAGAUUCAGAGCAGCAGGUUUCCAUUUUGACAGUGCCUCCAGUGGAUCUAGGAAAACCAGCAGUUUGCGUCAUUGAGUUGUGUUCCUCAACCAUGACAUGCAUGAAGGACACUUAUUUAGUCCAUUUAACCUGUCCGUCAACUAAAACUGCUAGAGAAGAUUUAGAGCCUGUUGUACAGAAGUUAUUCAAUCUAAAUACAGAAAAAGAGACUGAAAAUGAAGAACUGGAAAAACCUAGAGUCCUCUGGGCAGUCUACUUCAACAUGAGAGAUUCUUCAGGAGUUGACAAAAACUCGUAUGAUGGCUUACCUUCAAAUGUUUAUGUCUGUUCUGGACCAGACUCUGCUUUAGGAAAUGACUGUGCUGUCAAACAGGCUGAGACGAUAUUCCAAGAAAUGUUUCCUACAGAGGAAUUUUGCCCACCAGCACCAAAUCCAGAAGAUAUUAUUUAUGAUGAAGAUGAGAUUGGGCCAGAAGAGUCUGGAUUCAGUAAUUCACCAGAUACAAAACCUGAACCCUCAACUGAGGAAAGUGGUAGUGGAGAUAGUAGUACUGUUAAGAAAGAAGAUAAUGAAGAAUGAAUUAGCUCUGUUCUCUUAGUAGAAGAGGAGGUUGACCCAAACUAAAAUGUGAGGGAGGAAGGGUAAGAAAAA